AUGGCUGUCAAACAAGAUACCACCAGCAUCAGUGCUGCUGCUGAGACUCACAUUGCCUCCUAUUGCGCCACCCUCCUCUCGCCCGACUCUAAAACCUCGAUUGAGCGUGCUACCAAGAUGGCCACCUAUUACCUUCCCAACAGUUCUUUCUCCACGGAGGAACGGCUUAUACAAUUAUCUGACCCAUCGACUAUUAUGCCAUUGAUUGCAGGGGUUCUGGAUAGGGCGGGACGCCUGCCUGAAGUCAUCGGCCAUAGAGUUGAGGCCGUGGGAGAGAAUAGCGCAAUCAUCUGGCUAUCCCUAAAGGUGGACCAAUUGGAUAUAUCGAAUGUGUAUGUUUACAGAAGGACUGCGGACGGAGCCGCUGGAUUUGAGGGUGGGAUUUUUGAUGGGGAGAUGUGGAUCAUAAAGAAUUUGAAUAAAUGA